AUGUUUGGCUGCCUGCCUAGCCCCUGCCCCCGGCGUGCGGAUAAGCGCCGCCAGCAGUUCGGCGUCGGCACAUACGCAGUGAUGUGCGCCAUCGGAGUGUCCAAGGUUGCAGAGGCCGCGCUGCGCCAACGCCGACGCAGUUCUCGGUCCGAAGGCGCCGUGCGUGGUGGGGCAGUUGGACCGCGGAUCGAGCUGGACAUGACCGCCGCCCACGACGGCACGCCCAUCGGGGUGGAGUUGUGGAGCCCGAAGAACAACCAGCCGCUCGCCGUGAAGAGCGUGGCCGAGGUGGGCCUCGUGCAGAGCUGGAACGCUGCUCACCCCGACAGGGCCGUCCGGGCCGGCGAUGAAGUCAUCAUCAACGACGUGAAAUGGCAGAAUCACAACCGGAUGUUCAUUCAGCACCUCCAGAAGGUGUUCGGGUUCUUGAAGGAGCAGAGGCCGGGGAUGCAGAAGGUCCUGGAACUCGGGUUCCAGCGUCCAAAGCGCUGGAGAACGCCGCUCGAUAGCGCAAAGUCGGAGUCCCUCCGCUGA